GAGGCUGGUGCUCGCCCAGCUCGGGGUGCUGUGCGGUGCUCCUUGAGGUGCACCUCCUGAGCGGCCGAGGCGUCUACUCCGGAACGGAGACCGGCGUAACGGUGGCCUUCGAGACAGAGGGCGGCUGGACCGAGGAUGUCUCGCUCCUGGAGGAGAUCGGCGACCCCGACGGGGAGCAGCCCUCUGGCGUGGAGGCGAUGUUCCGGCUGCCGGGCUGGCCGAAGCGGUUCAGGAUCGCCGCAGGCGGCGAUGACGCUUUCGGGUACGGGCUCAUAGAGAUGUCGCUCCCGAGCGGACAGAAGGUGACCGUCCUGGCCGCGCCGUCCGAGAGCAGCCAGAGCCUGGGCUACCCCGCGUCGAAGCACAGCCCGGGGUACGACUUCUGGGUUGACGGCGACGAGACUGCGGCCAAGAGGCACGUCUUCGACGUCCCCCAGGACGUCGACAAGCGGUGCUUCGAGGUGGUUCAGACAGAGCCCGCGUCGACGUCGGCGCCAGCGUCCGAUUCGAGCACAAGCCUCCCUUUCGAUUGCGAGGAAGGCUUCCUCAAUUGGGUGGACGGCUGGUCCGAGCGGAAAAAGACGUUUUGUUGCGAGCACGAGGGGAAGGGGUGCCGAAACUCUUCGUCGACGCCGGUGCCUGCUUCGACGUCGACCCGAGCGCCCGACGUCGAGUUCGAUUGCCAGGCUGGCCUCUCCAAAUGGAUGAACGGCUGGUCAGCGUCGAAGAAAAAGUUCUGUUGCGAGCAGGAGGGGAAGGGGUGUGCAGACUUGACGUCGACGUCUGUUCCUGCUUCUGGUGGAACUGUGAGCCUCUCGUUUGACUGCGAGGAAGGCUUCCUCAAUUGGAUGGACGGCUGGUCCGUGCGGAAGAAGACGUUCUGCUGCGAGCACGAUGGGAAAGGGUGCCAAGACUCUUCGUCGACGUCGGCUCCUGUUUCGACGUCGACCCAGGCGCCCGACGUCAAGUUCGACUGCGAGGCUGGCCUUGCCAAUUGGAUGGACGGCUGGUCGGCGUCGAAGCAGGCUUUCUGCUGCGAGCACGAGGGGAAGGGAUGCCAAGACUUUGACUGUGCCGUAGGCUACGCGAACUGGGAGAGAGGUUGGUCGGCGAAGAAGAAGGAGUAUUGCUGCGCCCUGGAGGACGUCGACUGCACCACCGAUGCCUCAGCGCUGGGUGGUCCCUACAACUGCUCCGAGGGGUACGCGAAUUGGGAAGGCGCGUGGACUGAGGAGCAGCAGGCGUGGUGCUGCACUGCUGAGCGCAAGGGGUGUAAGCUGGGCCUGUGGCAGAAGUACGACUGCUCGGCGGGCGAUCCAGAUCAGGUCGCGGAGUGGGACGCGAACAAGAAGUUCUGGUGCUGCUCUUGGGAGACCAACGGCUGCCAGGGCGGCAAGCGGUUCGAUUGCGCGGCGGACCUCAAGGACUGGAUCAGCAGGUGGUCGCGCGAGAAGAUCGAGUGGUGCUGCUCGAACGAGGGGCAGGGCUGUGCGGCGGUCGAGGAGACGGCGCCCUUCGACUGUGGCCAGGACGCCGACUCCUGGGACCAGACGUGGAGCCCGAGGCAGCAGGAGUGGUGCUGCGCCCGCGAGCAGAAGGGCUGCGCCGGCCCUGCGGCCUUCGAUUGCGACCUGGGGCGCAGGAAGAGUGAGGAGUGGUCGGAGGAGAAGCGGACGUGGUGCUCGAGGGAGAUUUGCGCGCCAGACGACCAGCUGGUGCCAGCGUCGGAGGGCGCCUGGAAGCUCAGCUCGGCCAGCACCAGCGCCGACAGGCGCUUCGGGGUGGCCGAGGUGUCGACCAUCGUCGUCAGCGGCCUCGUCCUCGGUGGCUCCCUCGGCGCCGUCGCCUACACCCUGGCCAGGGGGCGCUCUCUGUCGCCGUACUCCCCAGCUGGCAGCGGGGACGCCCCGAAUUAG